AUGACGUCAUUGAUAUCUAGAAAAUGUUUGUCUACCUUCCAAGAAAUGUUUCAAUUUCCAAAACACCGUAGAAAAGGAGAGCCUACAAAUGAAAGAGAGGAUACGGUGAUUUGGAAAUUUGAUAACACAGGUGUCUAUUCAACGAACUCUUUUACACAGAUGAUGCAAGCGGAAGCCCUUCCGGCUGAAGUUACAAGUUAUAGUUUCACGCGGGCUAUUUGGAAAGGGUUCGUCCCUCCAAGGAUCGAGCUCUUGUCUUGGUUUGUGUUGAUUGGAAGGGUGAACACUAAGGACCGGUUGCGUAGACUACGUGUUAUUGAUCAGCAUGAUACGCUGUGUGUGCUGUGUUCCAAGUCUGAGGAAACUGUGUUCCAUUUGUUUCUUGGCUGUGAUAUCACCUGGCAGGUGUGGUGUGCGUGGUAUGCGUUUGGUAGGAGUUGGUGCUCUCCUGGUAAUCUUAAGGAGCACUUCGAAAGCUGGAUAAACAUGGCAAUAUGGAAGGUGGAGAGAAAGAGGUGGUUCCUUGGAUUCUUUGCUGUUGUCUGGACAAUCUGGUUAGAAAGGAAUAGCAGGCUGUUUCGAAAUCACAGCUCAAGUAUGCGGGAAAUUAUAAACAAGUCAUUUGCAUCUGCAGAGGAAUGGAUUGGCGGUGAACCCUUUGGUUGUUGA